GCUCCUCUUCGGUCCUUGUCUGAAAUAAGAAACGGCGAUUGCAUAGUUACCUUUUCACGUCGGGAUAUAUACAAAUUGAAGAAGCGAAUUGAGAGAGAAGGAAAGCAUCUUUGUUCGGUGGUUUAUGGUUCCCUGCCACCAGAGACUCGAACAAGACAGGCAAGCAUGUUCAAUGAUGCAAGCAGCGAGUUUGAUGUGCUUGUAGCCAGUGAUGCCAUUGGAAUGGGUCUUAAUCUAAACAUCUCUAGGAUAAUUUUUUCAACCAUGCAGAAGUUUGAUGGUUUUGAGAUGCGAGAUCUUACUGUAUCGGAGAUCAAACAGAUUGCAGGGAGAGCUGGUAGAUAUGGGUCUAAUUUUCCUCAAGGAGAAGUAACAUGCAUGUAUGUAGACGAUCUACCUCUGCUUCAUUCAUCAUUGGACUCUCCAUCACCCAUUUUGGAGCGUGCUGGACUACUUCCCUCCUUUGAUCUGCUGUAUAUGUAUUCACGGUUACACCCCAUUGGUUUCUAUCAAGUAAUGGAGCAUUUUAUUGACAACGCCAAAUUAUCUGAGAAGUAUUUCUUUGUUAAUUGUGAACAAGUAUUGAAAGUAGCGGCUGUUAUUGACGAGCUUCCCCUUGAAUUGCGUGAUAAAUACCUUUUUUGUAUCAGUCCAGUUGACAUGGAUGAUGAGAUUUCAUCUCAAGGCCUGAUACAGUUUGCAGAGAAUUAUGCGAAGAAAGGCCUUGUCCGGCUUCGAGAAAUAUUUACACCAGGAACACUUAGAGUACCCAAGACGCCUUCUGCUCUUAAGGAACUGGAAUCUAUCCACAAGGUCUUGGAUCUCUAUGUUUGGUUGAGUUUUAGGUUGGAUGAAUCUUUCCCAGACCAUGAGCUGGCUUCAUCUCAGAAGGCCCUUUGCAGCAUGCUGAUUGAAGAAUUCCUUGAUAGAUGUGGGUGGCAGAAGCCAGUGGCUGGAAGGUUGCCCGUGCGUAAAAUGUCAAGUUCUUUGUUAUCCCAAACCAUGAGGCGGCAUUAAUAAGUUAUGCCCUUUCCAUGCCAGCACUACGACCCGUAUGCUCGACGUUGUAAAGUUUCAGAAAACAAGAGGAGUGCUAGGAACACGCAAACGAGAGUAUCGCUAGCAUUCCUCCAAAUUUUAUUUUAAUUUGUAUAUUCUAGGUUCUUUGUACCCCUUGGGCAGUUCUUUCUUAUUUUUAUGAUGAACUGUUGUAUGCAUUCUACAAUGCUUCAUCUCAAUUAUGAAAGCGUGUGAUUAUUGUUUAAUUUUUUAUUUUUUAUUUUCA